AUGUCCAAACGCACGCUAGACACAUUCUUCAAACCAGCAGCCACACCCAACUCCACAAAACGAGCCAAACCAGACUCCAACGAUGCACCACCGUCACAACCACCGGACGAAGAUAUCGGUCCCCCAGACACGCAUCCCAGCUACCCGAUUCCAAUCCCCCAACUCCCCUCCCACAUCUCAGUCAGUCUCACACACGGCACACCCGCAAAACAACCCCGCGCCAUAAACAACCAGCCAGAUCUAGACCUACUCUAUUUCCAACCAUACAUAACUCGGCCAACAGCCAACGAACUCUUCAAGUUCCUCCGCCGCGAACUACCCUUCUACCGGGUCAAAUACACGAUUAAGCGCGGGGGCAUCGAAACGGAAAUAAACACACCUCGCUACACGACCGUUUUCGGGGUAGACGAAACGUCUAAGUUCAGCUUAACGCCUACCAAUGAUCCCCCAGAGGACAAAGACGAAGACAAAGAUUUACUCCCACAUACCACAAACCCCCAAACCAACUCACCACCACCACCACCAGCAACCCCGCUAUCAUCCCUCACUCUAAUCGACACAAUCUCCAAAACCCCCAUCCGCACAACCAAAUACCAAUACACACCCCGCCCUAUCCCAACAUGUCUCGCGCACCUCAAAAACCUAGUCGAAUCUGCAACGGGCGCUCACUACAACUUCUGUCUGGUGAACUACUACUCCACCGGUAACGACAGUAUAACAUUCCACUCCGACGACGAGCGCUUCCUCGGCGCGAACCCAGACAUCGCAUCGUUGAGUCUAGGCGGAGAACGCGAGUUUGUGAUGAAGCAUAAACCACCACCGCAGGGGCAGAGUUACACGGCACCCGCUACACCCGCCACGCAGUCUACGCAGUCGUUAAAGAUGCCCCUCUCGUCGGGCGAUAUGGUCGUCAUGCGGGGGCCCACACAGUCCCAUUGGAUGCAUAGUAUUCCCAAACGAAAAGGGCGGGGUGGUGAUGCAGUACGGGGACGAAUUAAUAUUACCUUUCGGAGGGCGAUGGUCCCCGCGGGAACGAAUAAUUAUUAUCGAUAUAAUGUUGGGGAGGGGCCCGUUUGGAGAUGGGAUGAGGGGAGGCAGGAGAUGGUCAUGAUGGAAAGUGGUGGAGGGGAGAAGGAUGGGGACGGUGAGUAG